UCUCAGUCCUACAUGGGCCCUUAAAGUUUGUUUGUUCGCGGAAUGCCUUGUGUGAUGAAAACGUGUUACUAACCCCGUUCGGCGAUAAUCAAAUUAAUCAGAUUGGGAUAUUUGAUACAUAUAUUGGACUUCCGAGACAGCAACGUUACCAUUACGCACGAAACUCCUAAAGUCGUUAUUCGUUUUCUUCGCUGCCUUAAGGCAGAGGCACUAACCAACGAUUAGGUAUCGGUGUUCGUAGUACAAGACCUGAAUUACAACGACCUCAAUGCAAAGGAUAUGGCACUGCAACAGCGAACAGAGUUGUGGGAAAGUAUUUGUUUAUGAGAUCACGGAGGUUUUCCUGUGAGCGUCUCGUCAUUUCCAAUUUACCUAAACUGUGGUUGGUUUGAUUGUUGCUUGAUCGAUACGAAAGAUGCUGCUACGCGCAUGUACUCAAGACUGACAUUCCACUAGUAGUCAAGAUAAGCUUUACGUAGCUACCAGCUGGUUGCUAAGAAGGGUUAAACUGUAUCUAAAGGGAGUUGGAAAACCCUGCCUUUUCUUCUACACGGAUCAACUCAUUGGGUGGGAGCUGAGAGAGAGACAAGAGUCCCCAGCAAAUCAGGACCUAAUUGAUUAAAGAGACUUCAUUUGAAUAGGGGGUUGGCGAGGUGCCAAUCGCCUUUCAAAGAAGCCCUGUAUGAUUAAUCGCCAAGCAUUAUUGAUAAUCAUAACAGGACACAUGCGCGGUGGAUGGGCUCGAUUUCCGUAAUUUUGAGCAGAUUUUUUAGUAUUUAUUUUUAUUCUUCCCUGGCUGAUGUGUGAGCCAACAUGUCGCGGAGGAAACAAGCGAAGCCGCAACAUUUCCAAUCGGACCCUCAUCUGGCCUUAUCCCAGCACAAUGGGGACAGAGAGCCCUGCACGGAGGAAGAACCCCCCUGCAAGGAAUCAGAUGCCCACGUCUGUAGCAGAUGUUGUGCUGAGUUCUUUGAACUAUCAGAUCUUGAACAACACCAGAAGAAUUGCACUAAAAAUCAAUUAGUUCUGAUAGUGAAUGAAAAUCCUGCCUCUCCCUCCGGAACCUUCUCGCCCAGCUCCCCUUCACAUAAUCCUGAUGAGCAGAUGAAUGACACGGUUAAUAACACUGAUCAAGCAGAGUGCAGUGACCUUUUGGAGCAUAACGCUUUUGACAAAGAAGAAUCCAUGGACGUCAACGUUUCCGGAAUCAACGCUCAUGAUGGUCACGGUAAUGAUGGAGGCAGCAGUCAGAUGGAGGGACACAGUCCCAUCAACAUGAACACAAGCAGCGAAAAUGGCCAAAGCUCCAGUAGGAGCAGUUUUGGCCCAGCACUAGGCACCUCAACCACCACUGCGUCUAAGCUACCUCAACUUGGCCACCUGACUGACCUGGGGAGCUUCUCUGUGAUCAACAGCAAUGUCAUCAUUGAAAACCUGCAGAGCACUAAAGUGGCUGUGGCUCAGUUUUCCCAGGAGACCCAGCGGUCCUCCGGUUCCGGAGACCCCAGGGUGGCAGUGCCGGCCCUGAUGGAGCAGCUAUUGGCCCUGCAGCAGCAACAGGUCCACCAGUUGCAGCUCAUUGAACAGAUCCGUCAUCAGAUCCUACUACUGGCCUCCCAGUCACCUGAAAUUCAGGUGCCCACCAGCAGCUCCGUUCCAGGAGGUUCGUUGGGUGCGUCAGCCAAUCCAUUGACUACACUCAGCUCCCAUCUCUCUCAGCAGCUAGCUGCUGCUGCAGGCCUAGCACAGAGCCUGGCCAGCCAGUCUGCCAGCAUUAGCAGUCUGAAGCUGCUGGCUGAAAGAGCACAGCUACCUCAGAGCAACAACCCCAGCAGCGGUGAAUCAUCUCAGAGCAUCAGCUCACUGGGACCAUCCACAGUAAACAACGUCCAGUCGUCAUCUGACAAGAGGCCAAUACAUGCGAUAAGCAGCAGCCUCCAAUCUCAGCUUAGCAACCCAUCACUUGCUAAGUCAUCCACGCCAGCCUUUGGGAUAGGUAACUUGUUGAAUCCUGCAAGUAAUCCACUUCUACCUCAAACCCCAUCUGGCAAUGCCCUAUUUUCCGGCUCCCUUCCCAGCAUUGGCACUACAGUGGAGGAUCUCAACUCUCUGGCUGCGCUGGCCCAGAGGAAAGGCAAGCCACCAAACAUCACAUCAUUUGAACCCAAAAGCAACUCAGAGGAGGCAUUCUUCAAGCAUAAGUGCAGGUUUUGUGCCAAGGUGUUUGGGAGUGACAGUGCCUUGCAAAUCCACCUGCGAUCUCACACAGGUGAGAGGCCGUACAAGUGUAACAUCUGUGGCAACCGCUUCUCUACCCGAGGUAACUUAAAGGUCCACUUCCAGCGUCAUAAAGAGAAGUAUCCACACAUUCAGAUGAACCCAUACCCUGUCCCUGAGCAUUUGGACAAUAUUCCAACGAGCACAGGAAUUCCAUAUGGCAUGUCAAUGCCCCCAGAGAAGCCUGUGACCAGCUGGCUGGACAGCAAGCCUGUUCUCUCCACUCUGACGUCAUCAGUAGGCAUGUUGCUCCCACCAACUAUGCCCAGCCUGCCUCCGUUCAUUAAAAAAGAGGAUCAUUCUGUAGCCAUAACCAGCCCUUCUUUUUCUAGGAAGACUGACUCUGGUCGGGAUGCUUCCGAGCCAUCGAUGAAAAGCAUAGAUGGGGUGUCUGAAGAAGGUGAAGGUGCAGCCCUGCCUACUACAAAUGGUAAAACUGAAGAGGGCAGUCACUCGUCAAGCUUCAUGGCAAGCAUGCACUCUGAGUCUGAACACGGCACCGAAUACACCACCUCUAACAGCCCUCCCAUGAUGACCAACCCUCUCAUGCCUCUGAUGUCUGAUCAGUUUAAAGCGAAGUUUCCCUUUGGGGGCCUCUUGGAUCCCCUUCAGGGGUCAGAAACCUCAAAGCUGCAGCAGCUUGUUGAGAACAUUGACAGGAAGGUGACAGAACCCAACGAAUGUGUCAUCUGCCACCGUGUGCUCAGUUGUCAGAGCGCUCUAAAAAUGCACUACCGUACUCACACUGGAGAGAGGCCCUUCAAGUGUAAAGUGUGUGGCAGAGCCUUCACUACCAAGGGGAACUUAAAGACCCACUACAGUGUCCACCGGGCCAUGCCUCCACUCAGGGUCCAACACUCCUGCCCAAUCUGCCAGAAGAAGUUCACCAAUGCAGUGGUCCUGCAGCAACACAUUCGCAUGCACAUGGGAGGGCAGAUCCCAAAUACCCCGCUACCAGACAGCUACCCUGAGUCCAUGGGCUCUGACACCGGCUCAUUUGAUGAGAGAAACUUUGAAGAUAACUUUGAUGACAUGGAAAACUUAUCUGAUGAUGGCAUGGAGGGAAUAGAAGGGAUAGAGGGGAAUGAAGGAAUGGAAGAAGGCCCUGACAGCAGCGUUCCGGACACGCCCAAGUCAGCCGAUGCCUCCCAGGACAGCCUCGGGAAUUCCCCCUCUCACUCUGAGAUGGUUGGCCAGGAGGGUCUGGAGAGGCAGGAGGAAAACUAUAGUACCCACCAAAAUACCCACCAUGAUAUGGACUAUAGAAUCCACCAGAAUAGUCACUAUAACCCCCACCAUAGGUUGGUAGAAGAGCUGCAGGGCAACAGAAUAGGAAAUGGAGGUUCAAUGGAAGGGGACUGUCUCACUAAUGACUCCUCAUCCCUUGGUGGUGACAUCGAGAGCCAGAGUGCCGGGAGUCCAGCCAUGUCAGAAUCUACCUCUUCCAUGCAGGCUGUGUCCCCCACCAACGCACAGGCUAAACUGCAACGUAAAUCCCCCAGCCUAGAGGAGAGGCAGGAGAGGCACCAGAGGGCCAUGACCUUGGAGCACAUCAGCGCCAGCCUCAUGCAGCAUCACCCGUCCAACAUUGGGGCUCUGGAUUUGACCUCCUGCAACACAUCCAAGGACCCUCUGGGCAUGCUUUUCCCAUUCCGCGAGCGCAGCACCUUUAAGAACACAGCCUGUGACAUCUGUGGAAAAACUUUUGCAUGUCAGAGUGCCUUGGAUAUUCACUACCGAAGCCAUACCAAAGAGAGACCGUUCAUUUGCACAGCCUGUAACCGGGGCUUCUCGACCAAGGGCAAUCUCAAGCAACACAUGCUCACCCAUCAGAUGAGAGACUUGCCCUCGCAGCUCUUUGAGCCCUCCAACACAAGCCUCUCCUCCAGUCCAACCCCUUCCCUCCUGUCCGUGAACACCCUGUCCUCUAUGAUCAAAUCAGAGGUCAAUGGCUUCCUUCAUGGUCUCCACCAUCACCAGGAUCACCACAGGGACCACCACAGAGAACACCAGGACCGUGAACACCGCAAGGACAGCAUGCCCAGCACCAUGCCCCCCGGCCUGUUGACCUCCUCCGCCUCUACGUCUCCGGUGCUCUCAGCCUCUGCACCUCCACGCCGGACACCUAAGCAGCACUACUGCAACACAUGUGGGAAGACAUUCUCCUCCUCCAGCGCUCUGCAGAUCCAUGAGAGGACACACACCGGGGAGAAGCCUUUUGCCUGCACCAUCUGUGGUCGGGCCUUCACCACCAAAGGAAAUCUUAAGGUUCAUAUGGGCACACACAUGUGGAACAGUGCCCCUGCCAGACGAGGCCGCCGGCUCUCUGUAGACGGCCCAAUGGCCUUCCUGGGCACCAACCCUGUUAAAUUCCCAGAACUCUUCCAGAACGACAUGGCAUCAAGGGUGGGCAAAGGAGACCCGGGGAGCUUCUGGAACCAGUACGCUGCAGCCUUCUCCAACGGCCUGGCUAUGAAGACCAAUGAGAUCUCUGUCAUCCAGAAUGGAGGCCUGCCACCUCUUUCGGGGAGUGUGGGGAACGGGGGCAGCUCGCCUGUGGGCGGCCUCACAGGAAGCUUGGAGAAGCUACACAGUACAGAACCUAAUGCCGCUCUGGCUGGCCUGGAGAAAAUGGCCAACACUGACAAUGGGACUCACUUCCGAUACACACGAUUCAUGGAGGACAACAAAGAGAUUGUCACCAACUAGAGACUUUUCCCUGAUAAUAUGUACACAGACAUAUGCAUAGACACACACACACAUACACAGAAAAGAGAACAAGACAAAAUAUUACUUGGCUUUGGGAUGCCAUGGAACUUUACGAACAUCAGUGUGAAGACAGCUUUUUUUGUACAAUGUACAACAUGUUAUAGUUUUAAGAAGCUUAUUUAUUAGUGAUUAUAACCUUGCUCGGAACCAAGUGGAAGCAUUAACAGUUAGUUUUGUUCUAUUCUUCAGCCAGAAUGGGUAUGUGAGUGCUUAAAAAUGUGCUUCUGAAACUUUAGCAUUUCUGGGUAGAUAACUUUACCAUGGCAUUAAGUUAUUUUCUUUACAUAGUAUGUAGCUAUAACAAAACUGUUGAUGUUCAUGUAAUGCUUUAGAUCUGUAAUACGCAAAACAGAAUGACUGUAAAUAUUGUAUACUGAUCUACGCUAGAUGGUCUAACAGAUGUGUAUAAAAACAUUGAGACUUCAAGCAAGACUACAGUGACUACAAAUUCAUUUUCCUCUUAUCAAUCAAUAUUGAUCUUUUAUUUAAGGAAAAACAAAGCAUUCAAUCAGUUGCAUUUCAAAUGUUUUUUAGUUACAGUAGGUCUAACCUGUUUUCUUCUUUUUUGUCACUCUAUGUAUUGUACUUUUUGUCUUUAUUGUUCUUCCAUAGUAUUUUCUUUUCUUCCUUUUCUUUCUUUUUUGGUGUAAUGUUUCAAGCAAGACAUUUGUUCUGUUAGAGGAGAUGAUGAAUUCGGAGAGAUCCACUUCCUGGUUUGAACUGAGAAGGAAGCAAAUCAUAAAGGUGGAAUUCUCCUAUAAAUCAUCUGCUGGAUUUCCACAUUGCUGCUAUGUCCUCAACAUCCUCAUUGACAUCAACUGCAAAAUAUGUGUUGACGUGUAUGUAAAUAAUUUCAAAUGUGGGAACUACAAAUUUCUUCACAACAAAAUGUACAUAUAGCUCACAAGACAAAGUCCAUCUUGGCCAGGGGACAAAUGAUAGUGUUUUUAUAAAUAUAAAUAUAUAUUAGGUUUGACAACCUUCGGACUGUUACAUGCACUUUCUUGGAAAGUUGGAAGAUCUUUAUGGGUCCAGUUUCUCUACACUUUAAUACCUACUAACAACUAAGAUACUGUAAUUCUUUACUCUAAUAAUCAAAUACAUCCGUUUUCAAAAGGAA